GUUUUCUUUUUCUGUUCUAGCGGUCUCGACUUACUAUACUUCGACGAGAGUAUAUGAAUAUCUAACUUGAUCCAAAUACUAACUUACUAAACAGAAAAAUGUACUCUCCCAAUUCUCCAAGUAACCAAUUCUACCUCCAAAAUAAUCUCUUUACAUUCACUAACCUCCAGUUAGAUUUCUCCCGCCCUCUUCCUCCAUCACCUCCUCCUCCACCUCCUCCAUCUUCUUCCAUCGCACCUCCUCCACGAUCCUAUCCAGCCGGACACAAACUCCCCAUCUCAAUCCCGGAAUCGAGCGAGGAAACAAUACUUCGCGCUUCAUCAGACGGCAAUCUCGAUAAUAUUCACUACCCGGCAAAAAAAAUCCCCGACCCGUAUCCCUCUACCCUAACCCCGCAAACAACUCACCAUAAGACCUCCUCACCUUUCCCAGCUUUCCCAUCUCACCACCCCCGCGUCACCAUGUCUUCCCACCAACUUCGCCGCUCAGCCACCUCUCCCAAUCUACUAACUCCUUCAGUUGUUCCUCCCAUCAUCGAGCUUCAAGAAUCAAUACCAAAUCGCGAUGGCGCAAUCAGUCGCACAGAUCGGUAUUCUCGAGUCCUUCCACCACUUCCUACUCACCCUUCAACCUCAUCACCGCCACCAGCAGCAGUCAUCCUAACCAUUCCUUCCUCCUCAUCCUCCUCCAACCUCUUUAAUUCCUCCCGGCCCAGCAACCUCCGACAUGUAACCUUCGCACACGAAACCUCCAACUCCUCACUCACCUCGCAAAACUCUUCUCAUCCCUCUACCAACCCCUCAAACUCCUCGUCCCUCCCCACCGACCCUCCACGAAAACCCCGCUUCAAUCUCUCCCUCGCCCGACAAGGAAUGCACAAAGCUCUUUCCAGCCUACGAACUCACACGCACACUCUCUCCCCAAAACCCAGUUUGCUCCUGCGCAAAAAAUCUUCACACUCUGCUCUUUCUGGAUCUUCUCCGCUUUCCGAUUCGGAGAAUGAACUUGCCAGACCGAAAACUGCACCUUCAUCUUCCGCGUCUCAAUUUGCCUUUGCAUCUCCAUUUUCAAGUCCAUUUACAAAAGACGCGAAAAAUUCCAAAGAUGCAAAAAUCGCAAAUCCAAAAAAAGAAAUGCAGAUCGGUGCGCCGACGGGAAUGAUCAAAAAAACACCCGAGGAAAUCCAGCAGAUGUUGAGGGAGAUGGGGGUUAAGAGUGGAGAUUUACCUUUUGUUUUGAGUUCCGGUUCGGGUUCUGGAUUGAGAUUUGACGGUGAUGGGGAUGGUGAUGGUGAUGAGAAAGGCAACCCUACAUCCAAAUCCGGAAUCCUCAAGAAUCUCACCACCCACCCCCAAGAAAAAGACACCCCGUCGCCACCGACACCAAGCCUUAGCGCUAUACAGAAAGGAAAACGUCCCGACCACACCCCCAUCCACCAUCAUCCAAACACUCUCCCCUUCAUCCGUCCAACACGCUCCUCGUCCCUCUCUUCUCCACUUACAGGUCCUGUCCAAGAUCUCACAGCCAAACCAAUUGGCUGGUACAGCAGCGCUUCACUUGACGCAAUCCGCGCUACGCUUCCAAAAGUGAGGAAGGAGAAUUUAUUGAGUAAUGAAGAGAUACCUGGAUUUUUAGAGGGAUUAAUUGAAGACUUUGAGCUUCUUAAACGCGUGAGGGAGUUCAGGGACAAGGGCGUGGAUGAUGAUAUUGAGAGGUUGAGGAAGGAGUUUUUGGAAAGGCAGGAUGAAAAUGAAGAAGAAGAUGAUAAUGAUAUGGAGGAAGAUGAGGAUGAGGAUGAGGAAUCAUACACAUGGCCCCACCACAACCCCCCAGAUCCAAACUUCGUAGAUGGCGGCUGGGCACAAGAAGAAAUCAGCAGUGCCGGGGUUGGUGCCCGCUGGUUUGUAUUUGAUGAUGUGGAGAAUGUGUUGGGGGGACCGAAGUGUCCGAUUACGCAUGCGGUUGAUGGGUUUGUGGAUGAGGAUGAGGAGGUUGAGAGAGGGAGGUUGAAUAGUGAUCGGGAUAGUGAUACUAUGUUGCUGAGCCUGAUUGAAGAGAGAUUUGGAGAGGGAGAAGGAGAUGAGGAAUUUGAUGGAGAUACACAGAAGAUCUCUCAGGAGGAGAUUUUGAAGAGAGAGGGGUUGCUUUGAAUACAUGGUACAUGAGGUUGGUAACUUCAUUACAGUCUUGAAGUAUUUUCGGAGUUUUAAGGGGGGGUUUUUUAUUGAAUCAGAAGUUUGGAUCA